UGCCACAAUGGUCAUAAAUAAUAAAUAUUCGUAAAUUAUAAUUUAUAAUUCAAAGUAUCAACAAUUUAAAUAUUUUAAUCAUUUAAAAUUAAAAUCGAUGUUGUGUGUGAUUUUUUUACUUAGCGGUCCUUGAUAAACGUUAUUGCGAUGUCAACGCCGCCGAAACAUGGUGUGUUCAGAGUGAUAAUUUUUCGGUGACACACAGCCAAAACAAGUUCUGCUCAAUAAGUCAUUUGUCGGACGAACGUACUCUAAUCGGGUGCUGAAGCUCGGUUAUAGAUUUGUGUAUCAGCCUGUUCAGUCAUUACGCUUUGGUUGUUUAGGACUGUUCCAAACUAGUUCUCGACUAGUAUUAAUAUCCAAAGAUUAUUCAACAAUCCAAACAACCGUCAAGAAUAAGUUAAAGCUACGUUGCCUGUGCUACAUUCACAGAACAUUCAUUUUUGUUUGAGGUAGGACCAAAUUAAAUUAAAUUUAACUGUAGUCUUGUAUGUUAAUCAUUAUUUAACAAUUAAUAAUAAUCCACUUAUAUAAUAAUAUAUUAUGAUGUCUUAUAUUAAUUGUAAUUGUUAUAAAUACAAAUGUAUAAUGUGUUACCAAAUAUAGAAACUAUACCAUAUACCCAAAUAGUUUCAUUUUUCUAUAGACAUGUUUUAUAAUAAGUACAAAUUUGUUUAUAUAUAAGUAAUGUUAAUUUAAAUGAAUAGUAUGUAACUAAUUUGCAUCAUUUAAUUAACUCUAUUACUUUUGGGUAAGUAAUAAUAAAAGAAAAUCAUAUCUGAAGAAGGUCGUAAAAGGGACCAAGGCGUUUGAGGAAUACAAAUUUAAAGUUAAUAAGUUUCUUAAACUAAUAUAUAUUGUCUGUUUGUUUGUUUCAUUGUAAAGAUGGACGCAGAGUUUGUGGUCAAGGAUACAUGUGGUUAUGAUUCAAAUGAUGAGGUAAACUCAUCCACUAGACGAAGUGUUGAAAUGGACUUGGUAGCUUAUGAUUCAUCUCCUCGUUCAAACGGAUCUAAUCAUAGCAUCAACAAUGAACAAAGUGUCGAUACUUCAAAUAAUAAAACUAAUUGGUAUAAAUCUGUAGAUUCAUUUCUGGAAACUGAAAAAAGUAAAGAAAGAGGCAGAAGUCGUGAUCAUAGCCAAAAAAGCAAACAUGAUAAAAGUUCAAGUAGACACGGUAGUAGGCGACGUAGCAAACAUAAAAAGCACCAUAGGUCAAGGUCAAGGAGUAGGUCUAGAUCUAGAUCAAGAUCUAGAUCCAGGUCUAGAUCUCCCAAACGAAGGAGUAGAUAUUCUCCGGGUGAUCGUGACUCCCAAACAAGUCAGUAUAAUAGUAGUGAUGAAGAACGUCGAAAACGUCGUUCAAGAAGUCUAGAAGGUUCAGAUGGCCCAAGAGUUAGAAACAUAUAUUCAGAUUCAGCUACUACUAGUACUCGACGUCAUUAUAAUAAUACUGUGGAUACAAGAAGAAGUCAAGAUGGAUCACAAGAAUAUUAUCGUGAAGAAGAUUUCGAUAGAUACACAUUUAAAAAACAAAUUCCAAAUAAAACUAUUAUUGUUCGUGGGUUAGCUCCUCAUAUAUCUGAAAUUGAUAUAAGAAAAGAAAUAUUGAAAUGUGGUCUUACACCUGUUGAUAUACGUCUGAUUAGGAAAAAAGACACUGGGUCAUCUCGUGGGUUUGCAUUCGUGGAAUUUUUUACAAAAGCAGAAGCUGAAACACUUAUGGAAAGUAAACAGGGUGAAAUGAUGCUGAGAGAUAACUUCAGAGCAAUCAUGCAGUAUACUAUUUCUACAAUUGACCCUGAAAAAAUGUUAUCUGAUUGGUGGUGUAAAUGCAAUGCUCAUAACUUUAAGCGCAGGGAAAGCUGUUUUGUAUGUGGAGCCUCAAGAGAAGUGGGAGAAAUAUUUGAUCACACCAAAGAAGUCAGUUCUUAUCCUACGCAUACAGUUUUGCUUCGAGGACUAGAUCUGUGUACAACUGAAGAAAAUGUUCUUAAAGCUAUACAGCCACUAUCAACACUGCCUAUUCGGAGUGUUCGAAUCGGUAGAAAUCCAUUGACAAAUGUGUCUAAAGGUCUUUGCUACUUAGAAAUGAAUAAUGUGGUUGAUGCUAUGUAUCUCCAUAAUGCAUUAAUUGUGGAAGAUCCAUUGCUUAUUGAUGGAAAGGAAGUUCUUGUAUCAUAUUGUAAACUUGGGCCUGUUGGACCAAUAGCUACUGCAUCAAUGGGUAAUGCUGCUGUAGAAGCUGCUAAAUGGAGCAAUCAAAAACCAGAAACUCCGAACUACACUAUUGCUGAUGUUCCUAGACUUGCAGAAUUUAGUGCAAAUAUUUAUGCAAAAACUCCUGUUGAACGAACUUCUUAUGUACAAUAUUACACUAAUUUUUACACAGAAAAAAUUCAAAAAGGAGAAACUAUUAAUAUGCCUUCCGUACCAUCAGUACAACCUAUUUCGGCUGUUUAUGCACCUGUUGGUACAGUUGUAAUAUCACAAGCCAUUCCAGCUUUUCCAUUACCUAUUGCCAAUAAAGUUGACCCAUUAAGUCAACCUCCGUCUGGGAAAGGAGAUGCCACAUACUCUCCACCUGAUUUAUCUACUUAUCAAUAUGACAAAGGAUCUGGUUAUUAUUAUGAUCCACACACAAAGCUCUAUUACGAUGCAAACUCACAGUAUUAUUUUAACAGUUUUACAAAUAGUUUUCUUUAUUGGGAUGCUACAAAACAAACCUAUUUAUCAGCACCUUCAAAUGAAAAUUCAAAUUCUGAUGCAACUAACAUUAAUAAUGAACCUAAAAAAGAAGAGGCUCCAGUAGAAGACAAAAAAGAUGACGACAAAGUAAAAGUAGCAAAACGUAUUGCCAAGGAUAUGGAAAAGUGGGCAAAAACAUUAAAUCAAAAAAAAAUUUCUGCUAAACAAAAUUUAGUGGCAUCCCAAGUUGCAAUACAAACUGCAAGAACUCAAGCUGCAGCAGAUAUUGGGUAUUCUGUGAUGGGUACUAAGGCAGAACCUAAAAGACAACAAUUUCCAGUUGCUUCCACAUCUGAUGACAAUUGUUACACUGAUGAAAUUAUGGAAGAAGCCAAUCGAAAUGAAGAUGAACAACAUACUGACUGGGUUAAACUUGCUUGUCUAUUAUGCAAACGACAGUUUAGUAGCAAAGAAAUAUUAAUAAAACAUCAACAAAUGUCUGACUUACAUAAACAAAAUAUUAGAAAUUGGUACAACGAGAGAGGGUUGGAUCCCGACGAUGAAUCAAAACGAGUUAUUCAAUAUAGGGAUAGAGCAAAAGAAAGAAGGAUGAAAUAUAAUGAACCUGAUAAACCUUUAAACAACUUAAAAGACAAGUACAUGAAGGCUAAAGAAGCUACUGUAGAUUAUGAACAACCAACUAAACUGGGAAUUGGAUCAGACAAUAAAGGUAACAAAUUAUUACAGAAAAUGGGUUGGCAAGAAGGAAUGGGAUUAGGUAAAAGUAAUCAAGGACGGACAACUAUAAUAGAAGCUGAAGGUAGACUAGCAAAUGCUGGACUAGGUACUAGGGCUGUCGGUGUUGUUCCAGGCCCUCGUGAAACGUACAAAGAUUGUGUGAAGAAGAUGAUGCGUUAUAGGUAUAAUGAAUCAGAGUAAUUUAUCAGGUAAAGAAAUUAUUAAUUAUGUAAUGUUUUUCCAACAGGCAUUAUUUAUUGUAAUAUGUGAUUUACCAACCUGAUAUUUUAUUUUCCCUCAAAAAUAAUAAAUAUAAUAUAUGACAUUAAUUUAAGAACUUAGUCCAUAUAUAUUAAUUUAAAAUGCAUUUGGAGGCAUUACAUUUUUAAUCAUGAUUAAUACAUGUUUAAAAUUGUAUUAUUGCAUUUGAAAGACAUUAAUGUUAUUUUAGAAACAAAAAGUUGUGUUUAUUGUAAUGUUUAAAACCUUCAAUGCGUAAAUAGUUUUAAAAUACAUUUGCGUUUAAAUGUAGUGUAAUUAAUUUUAUCCGAAUUCGAUAUAAUAAUAAUAAAACAAAAUUAUAGUCUUGAUACAUUUUUAAAUGAACUGUAGAACUAUGGUAGUUUUAAAGUAAAUUACCUCUUGGUACUUUUCGGUUAUUUUGACUACCAACCAUAGCACAUAUAGAAUCGAUGGCAUCGUUCGAUUCACUAUGAUGUAAAACUAUCUUGGAUCGGUUUUAGAGUAACCUAACUUUACCUUAGAUGUUUUACAUAUCACGUAGAGCCUGUCAAGAAAUUGUCCGAGUCUAUACGUAAUAUGAUUGGUAAUCAAGAUAAUCGAAGAGUACCGUCCUUUUUGUUAUAAGUAUUUUAAUUCCUAACCAAGGAUUUUAUUUAAACAUUUUACAAAUUUAUUUAUAAGCAAUGUAAUUAUAUAGUAUGUAAAUUUAGUACUCAAAUUUAUUUUUUAAAAUUUACUUCAAGAAGUAAUUAUUAUUUAAUUUUUUUAUAAAAUGUCCAUUUUACAGUUCAAUCAAAAUAUGUGUACAUUAUAAUAUUGUACCAUUCACAAAUUAGUACAAUAUAUAUAUAUCAUGUACAACAUACAACUCAAAUUAACAUAAUUAGUUAGCAUUAAAAAUCGUAUUAACUAUAAUAAUAAUGGAUAUAAUUUUAUAAUUAUACAUAUAUUUAAUUCAAGGAUAUGUAGAUAUAACGUUAUAUUCUACAGACCUUUUUAAUUUUUUUCUCCUACGUAAACUUAUUACUUAAUUGUUAUUAUUUAUUUGUUAAAUACUUAUAAACACUUGUAUAAACUAUGAAAUGCAUAUAUUUUAUAUUAUAACUUCUAUUAUACUAAGUUUUAUAUCUGUUUUUGAACAAAUGUCACUCGAUUGGUUCAUAUUACUAUAUAUUUUGUACAUCUGAGUAGAUAAAAACGCUUGAAACGGCUUUAAAUUUACAAAUAUUUCAAACCCCAUAUAUUUUACAACUUGUACAUUUCAUUUCAUACUGUAGUACAAAUAAUUAGGAAUUUUGGUUUUAGAGUAUUGACUUCGGACCUGCUGAUGAUCUUAAUUAUACCAUUUAAUUCUUGACUAUUUAAAAAAUAAAUGCUUUGAAUUAUUAUUA